ACACGUGACUUUGCGUUGUCGAUUCAGAUUUUUCAGAGCUCUGGAUGGAUGACUUGUACACAUUUGAAGUGUUGGCUGCGGUCAACAAAAUCACUCAAGAAAUACUGAACCAUACAGGCAUCAAUGACAAGACAUUAGCUGAGUUUGUAAUAGCCCUCCAUGAUCAGUCCAAGACUCUUCCGGAGUUUAAGCAAAGGCUUCAAGAAGUGGGAGCAGAAUUCCCUGACUCCUUUGUUGAAAAUAUGGAUCGGCUUAUUUUAAAUAUGCACCCAAAGCACAAGAAACGGUCCACGAAUACCAAGUCCAGGAUGGUAGACGCGAGCCUGGCAGCCGAGGAGUUGGUAUUAUCAGAGAAGGAGAAAAAGGCUCGAAUGUUUCCCGGUUUGUCGAAACCUGACCAGGAAUGGCGGCCAUCGGAUGAGUUUGAUGCCCCCGUCGAAGACGCAACUGCCAAAGAGGUUGACGAUCUUAUGUCCCAACUCGAAGGCGUUGCGAAUAAGCGCGCACGUAAUCGCCCCACUGCAGGUGAUUUCCUUGAAGCGAAUGGGGAACCAUCUCCUAAACGUCGUCGUCCGAACUCACCCAGCCCUCCUCGUCACCCACCGCGACGAAGUCCUAGCCCUCCCCGAGAUCGCGACGGCAGGGGCGGUUACCCUAGGGGGCGCUCCCAGACAAAUGGGAGGGUUCAGCUUGAUUCAAAACCCGUUCUCUACAAGAUCUAUAAUGCUCGAGUUUCAAGUCUGAAGGAAUUUGGUGCUUUCCUUCAACUCGAUGGUGUUGAGGGAAGGGCCGAAGGGCUGUGUCACAUUUCCGCCAUUCAGGCAGGUGGGGGGAGGGUCAACUCCCCUGCUGACCUAUUGUCUCGUGGUCAGUCCGUUAAAGUGAAAGUGAUGAGUAUUGCGGGAAGCCGAAUCAGUUUAUCGAUGCGAGAUGUUGAUCAACGGACAGGGGACGAUCUCACCCCACAUUUGCGAAUCAAAUCAGACGCUGAACUGGCAGAGGAAACCCGACGGCAUGCCGAGCGAGCAUCUUCUUCCAAUGCUAUUCCUCUUGGUGGAUUCGCCGGAGAGGCCGCAUCCCAUUCGGCGAGACGCCUCACUUCCCCCGAACGAUGGGAGAUCAAACAACUCAUUGCAUCCGGGGCGAUUGACGCUUCCGAAUACCCGAAUAUCGACGAUGACUUUAACUCGCCAAUGGCGAAAGCUGAAGUAGAAGAAGAACUUGACGUUGAAGUUCGUGAGGAGGAACCGCCUUUCCUUCGAGGACAGACGAAGCAGACUUUGGACAUGAGUCCUGUGAAAAUUAUUAAAGCACCGGAUGGUUCAUUGAAUCGUGCUGCCUUGGCCGGAGCUUCAUUUGCGAAAGAGCGCAAGGAAUUGCGGCAACAAGAAGCCAACGAAUUGGCGGAUUCGGAGGCUCGGGACUUCAACGCACCGUGGCUGGAUCCGAUGGCCAAUAAUCAGGACAAGAUUUUCGCCCAGGAUUUGCGUGGUCACCUCAUGGGUCAGAAGGCGAGCGAAGUUCCGCAAUGGAAGCAAGAAACAUUCAACAAGGCAACAACUUUCGGAAAAAUUACUUCGUUGCCCAUCGCUGAACAGCGAAAAAGCUUGCCGAUAUACAAGCUUCGUGAACCCCUUCUGGAGGCUAUACAUGAUCAUCAAGUCCUGAUUGUCGUUGGUGAUACUGGAUCAGGGAAAACCACUCAAAUGACCCAGUAUCUCGCUGAAGCAGGUUACGCUGACCACAAAAAAAUCGGAUGCACGCAGCCUCGUCGUGUUGCCGCAAUGUCCGUGGCAAAACGUGUAGCUGAGGAAGUUGGAUGCCGAUUGGGGCAGGAGGUUGGUUAUACGAUUCGGUUCGAGGAUUGCACAGGUCCGGAGACGAAAAUAAAAUAUAUGACGGAUGGCAUGCUUCAGCGCGAGUGUCUCAUUGAUCCAGACGUGAGCGCCUAUUCGGUCAUCAUGCUUGACGAGGCGCACGAACGUACGAUUGCUACCGAUGUCCUCUUUGGCCUCCUCAAAAGUAUGUUGUUCCGGCUCCUUUUGAGCUCAUCUGCAACGCUAACUGCUUCUUUAGAGGCUUUGAAGCGGCGUCCUGACUUGAAGGUUAUUGUGACAUCCGCAACCCUUGAUGCCGAAAAGUUCUCGAGGUACUUUUUCGGGUGCAGUAUCUUCACCAUUCCUGGUCGGACGUAUCCUGUGGAGAUUCUCUACACGAAAGAGCCAGAAUCUGAUUAUUUGGACGCCUCUCUCAUCACCAUCAUGCAAAUUCACCUGUCCGAGCCUCCAGGUGACAUCUUACUCUUUCUUACUGGACAGGAGGAAAUCGACACUGCUUGUGAAAUACUGUUUGAGCGAAUGAAGACUUUAGGUCCUCAAGUCCCUCAGCUCAUUAUUCUCCCCGUCUAUUCUGCUCUUCCCUCCGAAAUGCAAUCGAAGAUUUUUGAUCCUGCGCCUCCGGGGGCACGGAAGGUAGUCAUUGCAACUAAUAUUGCUGAGACAAGCAUCACGAUCGACGGCAUUUAUUAUGUCAUUGAUCCAGGUUUUGUCAAGCAAAACGCCUACGAUCCCAAGCUAGGCAUGGACUCCUUGGUUGUGACGCCCAUUUCUCAAGCCCAGGCUCGUCAACGUGCUGGUCGAGCUGGUCGCACUGGUCCUGGAAAGUGUUAUCGACUGUACACAGAAGCGGCAUAUCGCAACGAAAUGCUCCCCAGCCCUGUUCCAGAUAUUCAGCGACAGAAUUUGGCCCACACUAUCCUCAUGUUGAAGGCAAUGGGGAUCAACGAUUUGUUAAACUUCGAUUUCAUGGACCCACCACCCGCGCAAACGAUGUUGACUGCAUUAGAGCAGCUAUAUGCGCUGUCAGCGCUUGAUGAUGAGGGAUUAUUGACGCGCUUGGGGCGCAAGAUGGCGGAUUUUCCGAUGGAGCCGCCACAGGCCAAGAUGCUCAUUGCAUCGGUUGACCUGGGCUGUUCCGAGGAAAUCUUAAGCAUCGUUGCAAUGCUAUCGGUGCAGAAUGUGUUUUACCGGCCAAAAGAGAAACAAGCUCAAGCUGACUCAAAAAAGGCCAAGUUCCAUCAACCGGAAGGAGAUCAUCUCACAUUACUAACAGUCUACAAUGGCUGGGCUGCAAGCAAAUUUUCUAACCCUUGGUGCUACGAGAAUUUCAUUCAGGCUAGAAGCAUGAGACGCGCACAAGAUGUGAGGAAGCAGCUCCUUGGUAUCAUGGAUCGAUACAAACACGACAUCAUUUCAUGUGGGAGAGAUUACAAUCGCGCACGCCGUGCCAUCUGCUCUGGAUUUUUUCGCAACGCUGCCAAAAAAGAUCCACAGGAAGGCUACAAAACUCUUGUGGAGGGUACUCCAGUCUACAUUCACCCCUCCUCGUCGUUAUUCAAUCGAAACCCAGAAUGGGUUAUCUAUCAUGAAUUGGUCCUCACGACGCGGGAGUACUGUCAUAACGUGACUGCCAUGGAACCCAAGUGGCUCGUGGAGGUUGCACCUCAGUUCUUCAAAAUUGCGGAUGCCAAUAAAAUCAGUAAGCGGAAGAAACAAGAGAAGAUCGAGCCUCUGUACAACAAAUACGAAAAGCCAGACGAAUGGCGUCUAUCUAAAAUCAAGCGUAGUGCCCGCUCGAGUCAAACAUUUGGCUAGAUCUGACAAAACUUACGCACUCACAGUUGUCGUGUGAAGGAUUGAUCUCUAGGAUAAUGAUUAAUGUCAUACGGACAACAUGUCGUAAUUAAUCCACAUUAAUUGUACAACUUUACUGGUUACAUACCUGAUACCUAUGUAUUAAGUAAUAACACUGCCUGAUCAAUUCACGGGUCUCGGCGAGUCCAC